AUGGGGCCCUCUCAGCUUGUCCGUGCCCCUCGGCCUCGGGGCAUGAGUUCUCCAUACCGAAGGCCAGGUAUGGGUGGGUCCCGGCGCAAGUGUUCCAGGAUGUUCAAGUAUAGCCGCAGAACAUACCGGCAAAAACCCCGAGGCCCAGCUACCACCAAUCUUGCCACUAUGGCCACAAACAUCAAUAACACCAACAACACUACUACCACCAGUGUGUGGAUCCUCUCACCUCAAGUACUCAGACACCUCUGUCAACCUGGGGGCUUUCUGAUCCUCUAG